GGUGUCCCACUUGAGUCGGUUUUUCUCUGCGGAACUAUCAAGCUGUAGCUCCUCAGACGAGGGGAGUGUAAACAGUGUGACACACUUACCGAACAGGAAUGGUUGAUGAAGGUUCUUUGACAGUGGCGUGAGGGGUCAAACCAGGAUGGCCACCCGCCGUGUUCCACUAGUCUUGCUUGCCUGCGGCUCCUUUAAUCCCAUCACCAACCAGCACAUGAGGCUGUUUGAGCUGGCCAGAGACCACAUGCACACCACAGGCCAGUACCAGGUGGUGGGUGGCAUCGUGUCUCCGGUGAGUGACGGCUAUGGAAAGCAAGGCCUCGUACUGGCCAAGCACCGAGUUGCUAUGGCCAAGCUGGCGCUCCGGAGCUCAAACUGGGUCACGGUUGAUGACUGGGAGAGCCAGCAGCCAGACUGGACGGAGACUGUUGUCACCAUGAGGUAUCAUUAUGGGCGCAUCCUGAAGGAGUGUAAGCAGUUCACAGCAACGCACAGCGGCGACUCCACUGGAAACGGCGUUCCACUAUCAACCUCCUCUCCCCAGUUGAAGCUCCUGUGUGGGGCAGAUUUCCUCGAAUCGUUCAAGAUCCCCGGCCUGUGGCAGGAAGACCACGUGGAGGAGGUGGCUGGACGCUUCGGCCUCGUCUGCGUCAGCCGAGGGGGGCUCGAGCCCGAGCGAGCCGUGCACGCGUCGGACACGCUCUCGGCCCACCGUCGAAACAUUUUCCACGUGAGGGAAUGGACUCGGUGAUAGAAUACAUUCACCAGCACGGCCUCUACACACAAGAGAGCGAGAGCAUCAAUGAGGGCGCGGUGCUCAGGCCGCUCGCCAAACAGGCAGUGAAGAGCCUGGAUGACUGAUGGACGGACGAAUGGACUGCUGCAGCAUAGAGCUGAACACUCGCUCACAUCGGGGCUUCUCAUCAGAGACCGGAAGCUGUGUAAACCGCCACUGAUAGAGGUUUUCACAACAUGCGAACAUGCACUUACUCAUGGAGCGUUGCAAACACUGAGCCCGAUCUGUGUGACACGGUGCCGGUGAAUAUAGUCGUUUUGCACAUUUCCAUCAUUGCACAGUUGGAUGAAUGGAAAUAAAAUCCUGUGUAUUCGAAAAGAAAUGUGUCUGAGUGGUGUUUUUUCCUUAUAAGUAGUCAAAUUUGAAUUUUACAAUGAAUGAGUUCAUGAGUCCAGGUCCUCCUAAAAACCCAGAUCCCACCUGCAGAGACAAAGAAAGAAAAUAAACGCAAUAUUUUCUUCAUCUGUUGUUGACAGUCUGCCAACCUCUAUUAACCUACCUUAUUAUUAUAAAAUGUUUAUUUUCAGAAAACAAUGUAAAAGCACCUCCCCCCCAAACAUUUUAAAACAGACAAUAGUUGUAAAUCAGGGUGCAACUAUUUCUGUACAUUUUGUACAUUUGUCCAGGAGUUGCCCUGUUUUUAAAGUGACAGGUCAAAAGGUCAGAGAUGGUGAUGGAGGUAGAUAGAAUGAGAUAUUUAUUGCCUUUUAUAAAUGUAACAAUGUAAGAAUCAGCUUCACCAAUAAGGCCAUGUGUGUUUGUGUGAGUGUACAUUGGUGUUUUUCCUAAAGAACACCACACAUGCCACGAAUGCAUGUUUGUACUCUGAACAGGAUUCCCUCUUAUGAUGAUCGUCGUCGGUGUCCCUGCUCCGCAGCCGCCUCCCAAAUGCAUUUAAUUGUGGAUCUAUUUUUUUUACCCAUUCGCAUCCACACACACACUCUGUAAGCCUGUAUUUCUUCCACCAAAGGAUUUAAAGUAAUCCUGACAGUUGCUCAGCUACAGGAGGUGUUUUCUCACUGAGGCCAAUGGCUGAAAGUGUCACUGUGGCAGAUACUGGCUGGCAUCCUUUGAAAGACGUUGUGUAUGUGUGCGCGUGUCUUUGUAUGUGCCCCAGUCUGUAAAGGAUUUAGACAGUGGGUUUGCUGCAAAAGAGAGAUUAUCAAAUUAAUUGAGUUUUCUAGGCGAAACCAAAGAUCUGACAGUCCUGUUGUUCUACAUUUCAUUUUCCCAGCCAGAUCAUUUAAUUCUGCGGGGAUUGUGCUUUUGUACUAUGCAUAUUAGCCGCACUUUGUGGUCCACACUGCUGAUUGUUAAUGGCGCCGCAUCAUCAUUAUAACAUGAUUAAAAAUGACCUCAUCUUAUACAACAGAACCAGGCCAAAUCUGCCACACGUGGAACUCCUUAUAAGUGCGCCUGUGUCAAUUAAUAGUGGAUGUGUAUUCAUCCUAAUCCCCAUAGGCGGAUAGAGCACUCUCCGACAUAAAGCUAUUCCACAUUAUGUAUGCAUGGCAGCAUACAGUAUGUAAGUAAAGCAUGGGGAGCCGUGAAUGGUUACGUGGAAUGGACCGAGGGAGGGAAGUGGAAGGUAAUCGGAUUAGGGUGAAUUUGGUUCAUAUUGGGGCUUU